AUGGGAGGCAAGAAAGCAGCUGGAGAAAACUCCAAGAAGGCCGCUGGCAACGCCCGCAAAGCCGACGCCGCCAACCAGAAGAAGGCCGCUGAAGACCAGAAGAAGUCCGCUGAAGACGAGAAGCAAUGGGCUAAGGGAUCCAAGAGCAACGCCAAGAAGGACGACGCCGAAGCCAAGAAGGCCGAAGCUGCCCGUAAGAAGGCCGAACGCGACGCCAUGCUCGCCGACGAGGAAGCUUCCCAGCCCGCCAAGGGCAAGGGCGCCGGAGCCAAGACCGCUCAGAAGAAGUCUCGCGGUCUCGACCUGUCUCAGCUGGACGCCGACCCAUUCAGCAAGAAGCCGGCUGCUUUGAACGCCUCCGGCAUUGAUAACGCGCUGGAUGCGUUGUCACUGGCAAGCAAGGACACUGCAAAGGUCGAGAAGCACCCCGAGCGACGAUUCAAGGCUGCCUAUGCCGCAUUCGAGGCCCGACGACUGCCGGAGAUUGAGGAGGAGAACCCUGGCUUGCGUCGACAGCAGCGUAUCGAUCUCUGCCGCAAGGAGUUUGAGAAGAGCGAGGAGAAUCCCUUCAACCAGGUUCACGUCGCUGUCAACGCCUCCAAGGAGGAAAUCGCUGCAGUCCGCGAGCAGGAGCGCAACAAGACUGAGCGUCGCUUGGCGAAGUAA